AAGCUUGCGGCGACUGAGGCGGAGCGGGCAGGACGCCUGGGACGGCGGAGGCUCGAGCGUGCCAGGUCAGCCUCAGCUGUCAGCAGGCUGUUGGGGAGACUCAGUUCCCUGAGUGACAUCUGAGGAGCAACCACAGAGAGAGGAUGGCCCAGGUCCUGCAUGUGCCCGCCCCAUUCCCAGGAACCCCUGGUCAGGCCUCCCCAGCGGCCUUCCCCAGCAAGGAGCCAGACCCACCGUACUCAGUGGAAACGCCCUAUGGCUACCGCCUGGACCUGGAUUUUCUUAAGUACGUGGAUGACAUUGAGAAGGGCCACACACUGCGCAGGGUGGCGGUACAGCGCCGGCCGCGCCUGGGUUCCCUGCCACGGGGCCCGGGCUCCUGGUGGACGUCCACAGAGUCUCUGUGCUCUGAUGCCAGUGGGGACAGCCGGCACUCGGCCUACUCCUACUGUGGCCGCGGCUUCUACCCACAGUACGGAGCCUUGGAGACCCGAAUCGGCUCCAACCCUCGUGUGGAGCGCACGCUGCUGGAUGCGCGGCGCCGGCUGGAGGACCAGGCGGCUGCCCCAUCGUCCGGUGGCCUGGGCUCCCUCACACCCAGCGCCGCGGGCUCCACCAGCUCCCUGGCAGGCGUGGGCCUGCUGCCCCCCACGCCUCGCAGCUCCGGCCUGUCCACCCCGGUGGCACCCAGCGCUGGUCACCUAGCCCACGUGCGCGAGCAGAUGGCUGGAGCCCUGCGCAAGCUGCGCCAGCUGGAGGAGCAGGUCAAGCUGAUCCCCGUUCUCCAAGUCAAGCUGUCAGUGCUCCAGGAGGAAAAGAGACAGCUCACCGUGCAGCUCAAGAGCCAGAAGUUUCUAGGUCACCCCUCAGGGACACGGAGCCGGAGUGAGCUCUGCCUGGACCUUCCCGAGGCCCCUGACGACCCUGCUGCACUAGAGACCCGCUCGGUGGGCACCUGGGUUAGAGAACGGGACUUGGGCAUUCCAGAUGGUGAAGCUGCCCUGGUAGCUAAAGUGGCCGUGUUGGAGACCCAGCUCAAAAAAGCGCUACAGGAGCUGCGGGCGGCUCAGACCCAGCAGGUCGACCUCCAGCCCCAGGCCUGGCCACCACCAGACACCCAGGUCCGCGUGGACACCGUGCGAGUAGUGGAGGGUCCCCGGGAAGUGGAGGUGGCAGCCAGCACGGCAGCCGGGGCCCUUGCACAGCGAGCUCAGAGUCUGGAACCCUACGGAACAGGGCUGAAGGCCCUGACCACAUCUGGGGGACCAGAGAACACCCUCGUGUUCCGCAGUCAUGAAGUGGUGGAGACCAUGUGCCCACUGCCCACAGCUACCACUGGCAAUGUGCACACAGCCAAGAAGAUCAGCAUUACAGAACGGAGUUGCACCGGUGCACCCAGGAUGACAGAGCCUUCCUCCGUUAAUCCACGCCCUGCUGCAGCCUCUGUGGUACAGCCUGAGAACCCUGUCCCGGCUGCCCAGGACACCACUGACAAGAAGCCCACCAGGCCAGCAGCAGCAUCGCAGGACUCACAAGCGGCUGACGGAGCAGGCAGAGCCUCUUUGGCCACGAAGAGGAAAGAGGACCCCGCAGACCCUGAAGUCAACCAGAGGAACCUCCAGUUUGUGGGAGUCAAUGGCGGGUAUGAGUCCCCCUCGGAGGACUCCAGCACAGCAGAAAACUCCGAACACGAGAGCACAGAGAACGAGGGCCCGGAGCCACCAGCAAGGGUUCUGAGCCCAGCUGAAUGUCCUCAGCUCAGGCCUCCAGGGGCUGCAGUGGCCACGACCAGUCUGGAGGGGCCCCAGCUCUCCCAGGAAUCCCAGCGUGUGCCUGCACCUGAGGUGGCGUCAGGACCCGAUCCUGAGGAGGAAAUUCGGAUGGAUCUGAGCCCUGACCUCAUAUCAGCCUGCUUGGCCCUGGAGAAAUACCUGGAGAACCCCAAUGCCCUCACAGAGCGAGAACUGAAAGUGGCCUAUACCACAGUGCUUCAGGAGUGGCUGCGCCUGGCCUGCCGCAGUGACGCACACCCUGAGCUUGUGCGGCGACAUCUAGUCACCUUCAGGGCCAUGUCUGCCCGGCUGCUGGACUACGUGGUCAACAUCGCCGACAGCAAUGGUAACACUGCCCUGCACUACUCAGUGUCACACGCCAACUUCCCUGUGGUGCGGCAGUUGCUGGACAGCGGGGUCUGUCAUGUGGACAAGCUGAACCGUGCCGGCUACAGCCCUAUUAUGCUCACUGCCCUGGCCACGUUGAAGACCCAGGACGACAUUGAGACCAUCCUUCAGCUCUUCCGGCUUGGGAAUGUCAAUGCCAAAGCCAGCCAGGCAGGACAGACGGCCCUGAUGCUGGCCGUCAGCCACGGGCGGGUGGACGUGGUGAGAGCAUUGCUGGCCUGUGAGGCGGACGUCAACAUUCAGGAUGAGGACGGCUCCACGGCCCUGAUGUGUGCAUGUGAGCACGGACACAAGGAGAUCACCGGGCUCCUGCUGGCUGUGCCUAGCUGUGACAUCUCACUCACUGACCGCGACGGGAGCACAGCACUGAUGGUGGCCCUGGACGCUGGGCAGAGCGAGAUCGCAUCUAUGCUGUACUCACGCAUGAACAUCAAGUGCUCGUUCGCUCCCAUGUCAGACUACGAGAGUCCGGCUUCGUCUUCAGCCGAGGAGUGAAUACAGGGAGGAGCCAGUGAGUCCCCCAGGACCCACCAGCCACAAGCCACGCAUCAAACCGUCCCUCCUCCAUCCCUCUGUCCCAUUCUGCCUCGGCAUUCCUCAGCCCCUGAACUUCCCUGAGGGAGCCCUGACAUCUACCAGGCUCAAGCUCCUGGAAGCCUUUCCCAGCACCCUGGGUUCAAAGCCAGAAAGCCAAGCUACAUUCUCCUCCCAGUUGGCACCAGUUGACAACGCCUUGGGUGUGGGUUUCUUGUAAAGAACAUAGAGAACAAUCAGCCGGCAAUUAUGGGAGGAGGAAGGGGGGGCAAGAAGAGAAAAUACUGUAUUCUUGAGUCAUUGUUAGGGGAUGGGAGGGGUCAGAAUUCAGUUGCUAAAUUUGAAUGUCACUGGAAUGUUACAGUGUCUAUUGUCUCCUCAUCUUUACAGCAGGUCUCCACAAAGCCUGCUCACCACCCUUUGUCACCUCAUUUCAUUGUCUAGUGUACAAUAGGGUCUUGUCCACUGCCCUCCACCUCCAGACUGUGUCUUCAGGGCCUGGGGUGUCUCUUGUGAUUGCUUUACAGAAUAAGAUUGCCGUACCUUAGCCGCCUGCCUCCAGUCAGAAAGCAGUGUUUUCAUUUGCCUUUUUCCUUUCUCUCUCUCUCUCUCUCUCUCUCUCACACACACACACACACACACACACACACACACACACACACACACGCACGCGCGCGCGCGCACACAUGCACAGGGCUUGUCAUCUUGCAGCUGAUAGCUGAUGUCCUGUGACUUGGAAAUGACCAACUUACAAGAAGUUAUGCUGACCUCCCUGUUCCCCACGGGGAGUGCUUGGCAGAGGAGACUACUUCUAGAAAUACUUUCAGACCUACAGACAAAAAAGAAAAAAGGCCAUUCCGGAGUGACUCCCAGCAUCACAGCCCAGAACCUCCUCCUCAAAGGAGAGUAAACAGAGACUGUGAUACUGACCAAGUACAGGCGCUCGCUAUGAAGCCCAUAUGUUCCUGAUUAAGAGCUGGCUGGCCUCAGAGCACUCCCAGAACUAGCUUAAAGUGACAGGCUUUGCUGAAAUCCAAAGGGACAAAAGAGUAGUUUUAUGUUUGUGUGUUUGUUUUUAAUGCCCUGGAGCUCCUGCUGGUGACAGGAGAGACAGACAGGCUGCACCUUUCUCUAACUGGGGUUCCUUUCUGGCCCCAGGAUCUCAGUGUGGUUCGUGGGGGGAUUUUGUUGUUGUUUCUUUGUUUCUUUUCUUCAUAAAGAAGAAAAAGGAAACAACUUCUAGAUGUGCCUUGCGAUAGGGAGGACUUUGUCCUCUCAAGUCUCCCUGUCGUAUCCAGAUCACAGCUGAACCCACUGGGCCUUGGCGCCAAACCUCAGCAGGGCAGCAUUGAGACUCAUGGACUAAAGGAAAGUGUUCACUCUUCUAGACAAGUGGGUCUCUUGGUUUGAUGGAGUCUUACUCCGCUUGAGUUUUGUAGAAGGGGUUUGUCUAAGGCAUAGAGGCUUGGUUGGCAUAAGAAAAUAAGAUGGACAGAUGGAUGGGUGGAUGGAUGGAUGGCUGAUUGAGUGGGUGGGUGGGUGGAUGGAUGCAUAAAUGAAUAGAUGGAUGGAUGAAUGAACAGAUAGAUGAAUGGAUGGAUGGACAGGUGGGUGGAUGGAUGGGUGGACGGAUGAGUGUGGGGUGGGUGGAUGGAUAAAUGAGCAAUGGAUGAGAAACUGGGUUGGCUGGUGGGUAGAUGUCAUGAUGGAGUCUUUGCACGUGUAUGAAACAGAAAACCAAACUUCAGGACAGACAGCUGCUGGUGUCUCUGGAUGCUCACAGCCUAGGGCACAUUUGAAAGGUCGUGCUCUGAGCUGAGCCCUGAGUUCCAGCCUUGUAGCCAGCAAGGGAGUUUAUUUAAGGUUCUGGAAGCAUCAGCUAUGACCCAAAGCACACGCUCCUCAGAAAAGCCCCUGUUUCUGUCGCUGCUGCUUUCUGUUUCUCUGUCGGGGCCACCAGGGCCAAACACCCACCAGUCUCUCCUCUCCUUCCCGCUAUACUCCAGUUUUCUUUCUACUCUGUGACCACGGUACAUCCAUGAAGACAGUGUUACACGUAAAUGAAGUAUUCUUUUCUUGUAAUCAUAUUUUAGAAAGUAAAAGGACUUAAUAAAGCUACAAAUAAAAACAUUGCCUCGU